AUGAGAGUCCACAUUGAAGAGAAGCCUUACACAUGCCUUCGUUGUGGUGAGAGUUUUGCUCAACUUGUAAACCUUAAAGUUCACAUGAGAGUCCACAAUGGAGAGAACCUUUACACAUGCCAGAAGUGUGGUGAGAGUUUUGCUCAACGUGUAAACCUUAAAUCCCACAUGACAACACACAAUGGAGAGGGUCCCUUCACCUGCCAACAAUGUGGAAAAAGUUUCACUCAUAAAGGAAGCUUUAACGUCCACGUGAGAAUUCACACUGGGGAGAAGCCUUACACCUGCCAACAGUGUGGAAAGAGUUUUCUCUCAAAAAGGAAGCCUUAA